AUGCGUCGCCAGAAAGUGUAUCCCGACCAUAAUGCGUCGCUACCAAAUACGUCGUCACCACGAAAUGCGUCGCUACCAAAUACGUCCCCACGAAAUGCGUCGCUACCAAAUACGUCCCCACGAAAUGCGUCGCUACCAAAUACGUCCCCACGAAAUGCGUCGCUACCAAAUACGUCACCUCCAAAUGCGUCGCUACCAAAUACGUCACCACCAAAUACGUCACCACCAAAUGCGUCACCACCAAAUACGUCACCUCCAAAUGCGUCGCUACCAAAUACGUCACCUCCAAAUGCGUCGCUACCAAAUACGUCACCACCAAAUGCGUCGCUACCAAAUACGUCACCUCCAAAUGCGUCGCUACCAAAUACGUCACCUCCAAAUGCGUCGCUACCAAAUACGUCACCUCCAAAUGCGUCGCUACCAAAUACGUCACCACCAAAUGCGUCGCUACCAAAUGCGUCGCUACCAAAUACGUCACCACCAAAUGCGUCGCUUCCAAAUACGUCACCACCAAAUGCGUCGCCACCAAAUACGUCGCGAGCGCACCCGAGGAUAUUAAAUGCGACGUCAGUAAUUAGGCGAGAGCGGUUGGGCACUACCAAUGGCACGACACUACCUUUCAGUCUUCAUCAAAGCGACGUCAAUCUUUGA